GCCGCCGGGCCGCCCUCCGCAGCCGCGCGCCCUGCCCGCUCCAGCCGCCCCCGGGGCCGCCGCCGGCCCAUGAGCCCCGACCUCAAAGUUUGCGGCGGGCGGGCGGGCGCGGAGCCUCCAAGAUGCCGUUCCACCCGGUGACGGCGGCGUUGAUGUACCGGGGCAUCUACACCGUGCCCAACCUGCUGUCGGAGCAGCGCCCCGUGGACAUCCCUGAGGACGAGCUCGAGGAGAUCCGAGAGGCCUUCAAAGUCUUCGACCGCGAUGGCAAUGGCUUCAUCUCCAAGCAGGAGCUGGGCACGGCCAUGCGCUCCCUGGGAUACAUGCCCAACGAGGUGGAGCUGGAGGUUAUCAUCCAGCGGCUGGACAUGGAUGGUGAUGGCCAAGUGGACUUCGAGGAGUUUGUGACCCUUCUGGGACCCAAGCUCUCCACCUCGGGGAUCCCAGAGAAAUUCCACGGCACUGACUUCGACACCGUCUUCUGGAAGUGUGACAUGCAAAAGCUGACCGUGGACGAGCUGAAGCGGCUGCUCUACGACACCUUCUGUGAGCACCUGUCCAUGAAGGAUAUUGAGAACAUCAUCAUGACGGAGGAGGAGAGCCACCUAGGCACAGCGGAGGAGUGCCCCGUGGACGUGGAGACCUGCUCCAACCAGCAGAUCCGUCAGACGUGCGUGCGCAAGAGCCUGAUCUGCGCCUUCGCCAUCGCCUUCAUCAUCAGCGUCAUGCUCAUCGCAGCCAACCAGGUGCUGCGCAGCGGCAUGAAAUAGGCGCCACCUGGGCGCCCCAUGGGGCGCGCGGUGCGUGGGGCCCCCUCCACACCCACCGCCGCCCACAGUCCUCUCCCUCCACCAACUCCCUGGGCCACCACCGCGUGUACUUCAGGGCCUGGGCGUCCAGCGGCACCACCCCGCCCGCCCCACAGGCCUUGCAUGGAGCUGUGGCCCAGCUGCAGAGGGCCUGGUGGUGGCUCUGAGGACGGCCCUGGCCCUGGCCCUGCCUGCACCCUGCCCUGCCCCACCCUGGCCUGUAUGUAGCACUAACUUUUCUCGCUGUGCAGGGGCUCCUGGGAAAUUAAGGAGGAAUUUAUACAGGGCCCAGUAGCUGCAGGUCCCUUGGGCAGGAGGAGGCAUUGUGUGCCCAGGGCCACAUAGCCAACCCAACCCUGGUCCCUCAGGUCUGCCCAGGGCCAUGGAGGGGAGUGCAGGGGACAGAAAGCCUCCUCCUGGAGGGCAACAUGAGGCUGGGGUCUCCUGGGCCCUUCUCCCUGGCAUGGCCUGAGGAAGACCCCGGCCUUCUGCUGAAUCCCUUCCUCUGACCUUCCUUAGACUCAAACUCAGCCCUCCUCCACACACCCACUAGGGCUAGAGAAUCAGCCCAUUUCAAAGAUGAGGACCCUGAGGCUCAGAGGGCUCCCAGAUUUGGUCUCAGUUCCCCCAUCAAUGGUGAUUUUUAGGCAGGGCAGAAGCUCACAGAAGAUGGAGCAUCUGAGGUGGCCCAGCUGCCACCUCAUCCAUCGGGCCCCCCACCAGAGGCCCAGUGACCUGAGGGCCACAUUGCCCACGAGCACCCCAGCACAGUGGAGUGCAGUGGAGGCAGGAAGCAGAGUUGGGGCCCAGAGGCUGCGAAUCCCCUGAGCAACCUAUGUGGUCUCCCUACCGACUGGGGGGCUCCUCCAGGGCAGAAGCCACCCCUGGUGUCAGUGCCAGGAAGUUCAGCCAGGCCACUCUCCCAAGCUCAGGGCCCGUCCUCCUGGGUCGCCCACUUCUCCACACCAUCCAGGCUGGAGACCCGGCUCCCAUCCCUGCCCAAGCUGUGCCGUCUCACGGUUGGGCAGCAGCUCAGCACGGGCUGAUGUGGGGCCAGGACGGCAGACUGAGUCCUCAGCUCUCCUCCCCAGAUCUGGGGCUACUGCGCGCCUGGGCGAGUCACAGCCACGCUGGCUGCCCCCUGCCCGGCUGUGCUGAGCCUCUGCCGGCUCCCAAGGGAGAAGGGCAGCAAGCACCGGUCACCCUGGAGAGGACCUCACCUCACUCCAGCCCUGCCCAUCAUCUGACCCAGGGCCAGAGCACGGAGCUGAGGGCGCCAGGCAAGGGGCAAGAGCAGCCGCACGAUGGUGGUGACAGACUUUCUUUAUAAACAUCUGGAAGGAAGUCUUCUCAAGAUGUCCCGUUGGGGUGGGGGUGGUGGAGCUGCCUGGCUCAGAGGCAGGACCAGGGCUGCACCUGGUUGAGGAGGACACUUAGGCCUCAGAGAGGCCAGGCCAGGCCCGGUCUUUAGUUUCAGAUGCUCCAUGGGGUGCAGCAGGAGGGGGCCUGGGUGUCCCCCGUACAAGCCCUUAUCUUUAUUGUGGCUGAUUGGAGGGCUGACUAGGCAGGGAUAAGGGACUCAGCCCCACUGGAUGCUGGGCUGCAGGGGCCAGCCCCCAGGCGGGGGUGCCCGCAGGGAUGGAGGAAGCUCCUGGACUGGUGGCCAGCCCACCGGGUACUGGAAGACGGUGGCUCUGAUGGGUUCAGCCCUAGAGGGAAAGAAAAGAACAGAGAAUUAGUGUGGAGCACAGCUCAGGCCCAGGCGGGGGCACCCCCCUCCAGCUCACCCUCCCCACCACCCCAGCUGUGGGCAGGGGCAGCUGCCUGUAUCACCUUUCUGGAAGGCAGAGUCUCAGAAACACGCAGACCCUUUGAGCCAGCCACCUCACCUCUAGGAUUGAGCGCAAGGAAAUAGGGGGGCUGUGGGCAGAGACUGAGCUAUAAGAAAUGGAAAUAACCUAAGUGUCCACCUCUGGGGGACUAAUUAAAUAUAUAUGCACGUCCACAGCAGAGAAUGCUAUGCAGCCUGCGUGAGAAUUAAGGCAAACUUAUAUGCACUGACGAGGAAAGGUGUCAUGAUGUAUAAUACUGUGUGAGUAGGGAGAAAAAGCAGCUUAUAAAAUAAUGUAUAUAGCAUGAUACUAUUUUUGUUUAAAGAUAUAUAGCAUAUAUAAAUGCAUAAAAAAAAACCUGGAAGACACAGCAAAA